AUGCAGGCGUUGAGGAAGUACGGCGAUGAAUGGGGUGACGCAAUACGUCACUUUAUUCACGAGAAGUUCAAGGAGGAGGCGAACGUAACGGUUGCGGAACUUCGGGAUGGACUGAAGGAGAGGUACCCAACAUUCGACUUGUCGGAAACGGCAUUCUACUACCUGAUGAGGGGCCUCGGAUUCACGUACAGACUUAAUAAUGCUCUACGAUACAUCUUCGAGCGGCCUGAAAGAACAGGAGAGCGAAGUAUCUUGCUACCGUGGAGAGCGAGGAUGAACCACCACUGCAUCGUCUACAUCGACGAAACGUGGGUGUUCGACUGCAUGACGAGGAAGAGGGGGUGGAACGACACCACAGUGCCGCGGUUUGCUUCUGCCUCAACGAUGCAGGAAUUCUCCUGCAGUAAGACCGUCGCUAAGAACAAGGGACGAAGGGCGAUUGUGAUCGGUGCCAUAACAGAGGACGAGGUCAUACCGAGCUGCACCAGGGUAAUCUUCAGCGGCCAAGGUCUAAUUGACGACGACUACCACCGCGACAUGAACCAUGCAAUGUUCGAGCAGUGGCUACGGGACUCUAUUCCGUACAUGCUGCAAGUCGCGAGGGGUCGUUCUGUAUCCAUAGUAAUGGAUAACGAUAUACCCUACCACUCUCGUCAAUUAGAAAAGAUUCCGGGGCGAUCUUCUUCCAAAGCCGCGAUUGAGGAUUACCUUCGGCGCAAUGGUGUUACGGUUCCGCAGAAUAGCAGCAAAGAAGACCUUGUAGCUGAGGUGCGUGUUAGGGCACUCGAUUGGAUGGAAAACGUCCGCGGAGGGUUGUGCCAAGGAUGGAUGAGACACGUGAUGAAGGAGGAAAAUGCAGCACGAGAGAAGAUUGUACUGGAUAGGAACAGCACUAUGGUAUGGGAAGAUGAACUAUCGGACGCCUCGACAUCCACUCCCGAAGAGUUUCGCUUCUUCUGGUCUCGUGGCUGCCAGCGUUCGCAGUAUGCACUUCAAUCUCUAACAACCCAAAUUCUCUAUGUUAAAGUGGGAGACUUUAUCACCGUUCAAAGUUUUUUCUGCCCCCUAAUUCGGAAGAAACACUACUUCCUGAAAGGAACUCCGAGCCGUUCUACGCUGUACAUCCGUCACCACAUAUGCUCAGAAAUAGAAGAUUGCAAGCUAUAG